AUGGCCGAUGUUAAAAAGGCUACUACUGAUACUGCCGACACAAUAAAAAGUGUAAUCGACGCAUUUCAACAACACAUACGCGAACUUAAGGCUUUAGGUCGACCAGUAGAGUUUUGGGACGAUUGGUUGGUACACGAAGUAGUAAACAAAUUAGCAUUCGAGACGCGUAAACAGUGGGAGCUAUCACUCGUCAGUGAUAAGCCUCCGUCGUUCGAGCAGCUGUCCACGUUUUUGGAAGUUAGGUGUCGGUCUCUGGCCAUGCUUUCGUCGUCAACUUCACUACCCACCAAGGGUAAAACCACUUCAGCGAGCAAGUCCACGAAUGUGUUUCACGCAGUGCAGGAACAAAACAGCUCAGGUUGUACCUAUUGUAAAGGUCCUCACAAAAUAUAUAGUUGUGAUAAGUUUCGCAACCUGGACUCAAACGCGAAAUCGAAGUUUGUCAGAGAAUCGCGCGUGUGUACGAACUGCUUAAGCUCCGGUCAUUACAAGGCAAAAUGUAAUAGCUUCUCUGCAUGCAGGAUCUGCCAGCAACGUCAUCACACGCUGCUGCAUAAUGCCUCCUCUACAACUAACGUCACAACCACCGCUCAUUUUGUCAACAAUGCGUCCCCUGUCACGCCAUCCCCUCUCGCCGCGAAUGCCACACUACAAUCAAACGCAAACACUUCAUCCGCUAUCGCCUCGUCCACAGGCUCCGCUGCUGUAUGGACAUCCUCGUAUUUGAAUGCUAGCUCCAACCCGCCGCGUCCAAAAGACAGAACUCAAACCGCGCGCUUGCUGUUUGACUCCGGCUCACAUGCGUUGUUCGUAACUGAGGCAUGUGUACAACGUCUAGGUCUACCACGAAAAGCGUCCGCAGUAUCCAUUACUGGCAUCGGUUCGUCGCAAGGAGGCCGCUCUAGAGGUGAGACUUUGUCAGUUUUAGCGUGGCCGCAUGUGCAAGGUUUAUUCUUAGCCGAUCCGCAGUUCAUGAAACCCGGGCGUAUCGACAUUCUGGUUGGUAUGGACGUCAUGCAACAGCUCCUUUGCUCAGAAGUCCGUAAGGGUCCACCUAGUACGCCGAUGACUCAGCGCACUGUCUUUGGUUGGACGCUAUUUGGAAGCGUCGACGGAAUAGAACCUGCUGCACCUCGCCUAAAGUCGCUGCACUGCGAAGUCCAGUUAGAUAGAGCUCUUACUAGACUGUGGGAGUUAGAAGAAGCUCCGCAAAAGACCCACCUCACGUACGAAGAGCGUCACUGCGAAGAACUCUUCGAAAAAACGCACCAAAGAGCUCCUGACGGUCGCUUUGUAGUUGAACUGCCGCUGAAGACCGACGUACUUCUGGGCGAUUCGCGAAGUUAUGCUGUCCAAAGCCUACUACGCAUCGAGAGGCGCCUUGCUCGGGACGACGACCUGCGGCUACGCAACAAUGAGUUCAUGCAGGAACUUCUCGACAUGAAUCAUAUGGAGCUCGCACCAGAAUCAACGAGUCAAAUGUUUUACAUGCCGCAUCACCCUGUUGUAAAGAAUUCGAGCGUUACCACUAAGCUGAGGGUCGUUUUCAACGCGUCGGCUAAAACUGCCACCGGAAAUUCGCUGAACGACGCAUUAUUUGUCGGUCCUCAACUGCAGGAGGACUUAUUUUCAAUUUUAACGCGUUUUAGAACGCAUCGCUAUGCACUGACCGCGGACGUUGCGAAAAUGUACCGCCAAGUAUGCGUAGCACCGAAGCACAUUGAUCUACAGCGAAUUGUAUGGCGUCGAGAUCCGAGUUUACCUAUACAAGACUAUCGUAUGCUGCGCGUAACUUACGGCGUGGCAGCCGCGUCUCAUCUAGCUGUGAGAUCGCUACAACAAACCGCAAAAUAUUCGCACAUUUGUGAGAAAGCUUCUGCUGUCAUCCACAAAGACUUUUACAAGGACGAUCUCAUCACUGGUACAUCGUCCAAAGAAGAGCUGCUACUUUUACAGCAAAAUGUCUCCGAAACUCUGAAAGAAGGUGGCUUCGAGCUCCGAAAGUGGGCAUCGAGUUGUGCGGAACUUUGCGAAAAAAUAUCAAAUGCAUCGAAAACAAUAUCUCACUACUUAGUCGACGGUGAGGAUGUCCAUGCUUUGGGUCUAGUGUGGAAAACAGCAGAGGAUUACCUAGCGUUCGUGGUUAAUUUGAAGAAGCCACCCGCUAUUUUAACGAAGAGAACCUUUCUAUCUGAUGCUAGCACGCUUUUCGAUCAUCUGGGGCUGCUCGCUCCAGCGACGAUAAGAUCGAAAAUGUGGUUCCAGGAGAUUUGGCGUAACAAUGUUGGUUGGGAUGACGUCAUUCCUGACUCUACUGCAAUGAAGUGGUUGGAACAUCGCUCGGAGCUGCAACUUCUUUCGAACUUGAAGGUAACUCGCUGGAUUGGCUCAGGUGCAACUGGGUCAUUCACUGAGCUGCAUAUCUUUGCUGACGCGUCCGAACGAGCUUACGCCGCCGUUAUGUACGCGCGCACCUUGCAACCCGACGGCCGGGUCACUGUUGCGCUGAUCUCGUCGAAGUCCAAAGUAGCGCCGCUUAAAACAACAACGCUGCCCCGUCUAGAACUAUGCGCUGCGCAUCUCGCUGCUAAGUUGGUGCAAAGCGUGUUACACAGUUGGGACGAUCUCCGCUAUCCGCUGUAUGCCUGGACGGACUCCACAAUCACGUUGGCGUGGAUACAAGCGCAUCCUAGCAAAUGGCUGACGUUCAUCGCCAAUCGGGUCGCUGACAUUCAGGAAAUUCUUCCUCCUGAGUGUUGGAACCAUGUCCGCUCGGAACUGAAUCCAGCCGAUUGUGCCUCGAGAGGUAUAACUCCAUCUGAGCUGCAGCAUCAUCAACUGUGGUGGACGGGCCCCGAAUUCUUGAAGAGCACUGACCAGUUCUGGAAACAAACCUCGUCUAAACAGCACACAACCGAGAUAGGCGUUCGAAGCAAAGUCGUUGCUCAUGUUACGAGCUCAAACGAGCAUUGGCCUAUAACGCUGAAGUAUUCGUCGUUUUCCAAACUGCGCCGUAUCAUCGCUUACGUGCUAAGGUUCUUUGUCAACGCUCGAGUGAAUACUCGGCUCAAUGCUGCUAGGCGAUUCGGUCCUCCGAGUUGUCAAGAGUUAUCCGAAGCUGAACUGCGCCUGAUCAGCGCAAAAAGGCCAAUCCCGCUUCGCAGCAGUCUUUUGCGCUUGCAGCCAUACCUCGAUGAGAAAAAUGUCUUGCGUGUUGGAGGUCGUUUGAAGCAUGCUGCAGUUACUCCUGAUGUAAGGCACCCAGUCAUCCUACCAAAAAACUCUCCACUUGCAAAAUUAAUCGUCCACGAUAUUCACGAGUUCACGCUACACUCUGGACCCCGCAUUAUGCAGACCGUCUUGCAACGCCGAUACUGGCUUAUUGGUGCUCGCAGCCUUAUACGUAGCAUAUAUCAUAAAUGCGUGAAAUGCACCCGUUUAAACCGCAAUCUCGCAACACAAUCUAUGGGAGAUUUACCUGCAACUCGUACCACCUACGCUCGUUGCUUUACCCGCACCGCUGUCGACUUCGCUGGACCUUACUUAUAUAAGUUCACCCAUGGUAGAGGAGCGAAGGCGACCAAGGGCUACAUUUGCUCAUUUGUAUGCAUGUGCACUGGUGCCAUGCACUUGGAGUUUGUUGGAGACCUGUCAACACCAGCGUUUCUGAAUGCGCUCAAAAGAUUCAUAAGCCGCCGGGGCUACUGCAGAGUCAUGUCGUCUGACAACGGCAUGAAUUUCGUCGGCGCUGAGAAAGAACUUCGAAUUGCAUUCCAGCGGUGCAUGGCAGAUGCUAAACUACGUUCGUUCUUCGCCGACUCAAACAUCGAGUGGCGUUUCAACCCUCCGUCUGCACCUCAUAUGGGUGGAUACUGGGAAACAGGCGUCAAGCGCAUUAAGUAUCACCUUAAACGCGUACUGGGUGCAACUCUACUGUCCUAUGAAGAGUUCAACACGCUGUUUACAGAAGUGGAAGCCUGCGUAAACUCCCGCCCGCUCUGUGACAACUCUUCAGCUGCUGAUGACUUAGAGGUCCUAACUCCUGGUCAUUUUAUUAUUGGCGAACCACUGAAGUCAAUCCCAGAACCUGAGGGUCAAGGGUUCUGUGGAAAUCUUCGUCAGCGGUGGCAAACUAUUUCUGCCAUGAGGCGACAUUUCUGGCGCCGUUGGAGAGACGAGUAUCUCGUCAGUCUACAGCGUCGCACCAAGUGGUUUCGUUCCUCGCGCAACAUCGAAGAAGGUGAUGUGGUUGCGGUCUGCAACGAGCCUACCCCUCCGACGAAGUGGGCGCUGGCAAGAGUUACUAAAUGCCAUCCUGGUGUUGAUGGGCGCGUAAGAGUGGUUACGUUGAAGACACCGCAAGGCGAACUAAUUCGGCCCAUAGUUAAGCUCUGCCUCUUACCAACGAAAGGAGAUAUAUUUCAUGAAGAAGUCUAG